AUCGCACACUGUUGUGGCAAAUGAGCGCGUUUAUCAACACUGAAAUCAAGAGAAGUCAGACGGACGUUCGAAAAUAAAGGUUAAUUUUAAAGGCUGACGUAAAGUAAAAAAGUUAAGCAGAAUGUGUGCUAAAUUAAAUACGGAACAAACCUUAAUACUACAAUACAUUAAACAAAGAAUAAACCUUACCACCACAAUAUUCAUAUUUUUACAAGAAAGAACCAAAAGGAAGAAUCGUGUUUUGCCGUACAGACCGCAUUGUGAGAAAGAAAGAAAUCUUAGGAUCAAAUCAGUUGGGAGCUAAUGAAGUCCUAAGAUGCACACAAGAUUACUUCAAACUAAAGUCCAGGGUAAGUCAAAUGCUUGGUGCAGUUCCAUUACCACUUUGGACUUAUGUCUUACAUAAUUACCCUUUUAAUUUAGCCAAACAACUUAUCCAACGAUCAAUGAUUUGAGGUGAUUUCUUGUGUAUUUGGAAAUAGACCCAGGAAGUUGUUCAAUUUUGUUGAUACUAUGGAAAAUCGUUGCGAUAUAACCAUGAUAAUUGCAAUAAUAUGCUUCACAUACGGUCAAUUACUUCAGUCGGCACAAAUCGAGUCUUUUACUAUACCCAGCUAACGAAAGUGGCCGACACAUAGUCAAAAAAGAAACAGUAUUAAUUGUUAAGUUUAAGAAUUCUAGAAAUUAAUAUAAAUGCAAAUUAUAUACAUGCAGGUUUUGCUUUGGCUAAUCGGGAUCUAUAUCGUGGAUUUAACUACAUAUUCAAUGGUCAUGGAUAGAAAUUUUAAAGUAACAGACAAUCAUGACCAUUCAUUGGACAUUGAUUCAGAUGUGCCUAUCACCAGAGAGCAACAGAGACUGUCCAAGCCAUCAGCAAAGUUAAAAGCGAAUAUAAAGUUGGUUCAUAAGAAACCUGAACUAUUUAGAAGCGGAUCAAAUGAGCAUAGGAAGCAAAAAAAUCAAAAAAUAAUUGCAUUUCGGACACCGAUACAAUCGUUGAAUAAAACAAAAUGGGAUAUGCAAUUAAUGUCAUAUAGAGAUUUGUAUACAAAUCGUAUACCCGGUCAUAUAUUUGACAAUUUGGAGUUCGAACAAAUGUAUAAUAGUACAAUUUUAAAGUGUCUGGACAUUAACACGAAGUGGCAGACAAAUGAAAAAGAAUCCUUAGUACGAAAAUUUAUUAUCUAUGACACGGAAAGGAUCAAAUUUGAGUAUCAAAUUGAAGAACAUUUGACUGAGGUUAACAAGCGCUUAAAUCUGAAAACCUCUGGCUGUAAAUCGUAUCUUAUUCAUUUAGCCAAACGGUUAAGCAAAUUUCUCACCGAAACUAAUGAAGAGAAACAACAACUGAUUCACAAUAUCCAUGUGGACUGUCCUCCUCCGAACACUCUACAAAACUUCUCUUCAAUGAGUGAGGACACAUUAUUUACCAAUAAAUUGGGGCAUAUAGUUGGGAAAUAUCGCUUGAGAACAGCAAAUAAUUCUGAAUUUGAAUUGAUGCUGCAAAAAGUUAAAGACGCUAUUCCAUCCAAAGAUGAAAAUAAUAAUAUAGAAAGACAAAUUGAUGCAUUCGCAACAUUUAAUAUUUAUGAUCGAAUUCGAAUUACUUUAGAAGAGAAACUUAAAAUAAUGCAAGAUGAAGUCAUAAGGAGACGCAUGUCCAAUAUUAGUGAGGAUUGUAAUCAACACUACCUAUAUAUAGCUAACAGACUGCGGUUCAGUCUUACAUUAUCAAAUGAUGAGAAACAACAAAUUGUAAACUCUUAUGACAUUGAUUGCCAAAGUUCUACAAAUCCGAAAAAUAUGAAAAUAAUAUACACAAAACACCCAGCAGAGACAACGACUAAGAGUUAUACCAAAUUCAAUUUAUCUCAACCUUUAAGGAAAGGUAAAAAAACUAUAAAAUCACUCCUGAAGCCAGAAAGAAUGAAGACUGAGACAAUAUUUCUUCUAAACACGAAACCCAUAAAGCAAUUUAGGACAAAAGUUCUCAAUAAAUCGCAUAAAAACGGGGAACCCAAAACAGAAUCCUCAUGUGAUUGUACUUGCUUUAUUGAAUCUGGAGAAGAUUCCUGCAGUUGCUAUUGUCCUGAUGCCUUUGGUAACAAAUCCACUUGGUCGCCCAUUACUGAAACGUCGGUGGAAUUGCCACAAACGGUCAAAGAAGCUGAUCCCACAUGCAAUUAUAGUUGUUUUCUUAAACACGGAGAAAAUGACGGCUUUAAGAAUCAACCCACUUUUUCCCCAAUUACUGAAACGUCGCUGGAAUUUCCAAAAACGGUCAAAGAAACAGAUCCCUCAUGUCAUUGUACUUGCUUUAUUGAAUCUGGAGAAGAUUCGUGCAUUUGUAAUUGUCCUGACGUCUCCGUAACGCGACCCACUUGGGCGCCCUUCACUGAAACCUCGGUAGAAUCUGCCAAUCUGGAAGCCAGCACAAUCCAAGAAAUAACUCCCACAUGUGAUUGCCGUUGCUAUAUAGAAUCUGGAGAAGAAUCCUGUGUUUGCGAUUGUCCUGAGGCUACUACGAAGCGUCCCACUUGGGCGCCCUUUACGGAAACCUAAGUGGAAUCUCCACAAACGAGAGCCAAAGAAAAGAGAUCCCAUUCAAGCAAGAUUUCCUAUAUCUGAAGAGGGUGAUGGCAACGGAAUGGAAUAGAAUUUAAAUAAAAACUAUUUCAUUUUCAA